AUGAUCGCCGCGCAGGCCAAGCUGGUCUACCAGCUCAACAAAUACUACACGGAGCGCUGCCAGGCGCGCAAGGCGGCCAUCGCCAAGACCAUCCGGGAGGUGUGCAAGGUCGUGUCGGACGUGCUGAAGGAGGUGGAGGUGCAGGAGCCGCGCUUCAUCAGCUCCCUGAGCGAGAUCGACGCCCGCUACGAGGGGCUGGAGGUGAUCUCGCCCACCGAGUUCGAGGUGGUGCUCUACCUCAACCAGAUGGGCGUCUUCAACUUCGUGGACGACGGCUCCCUGCCGGGCUGCGCCGUGCUCAAGCUGAGCGACGGCCGCAAGCGCAGCAUGUCCCUCUGGGUGGAGUUCAUCACCGCCUCGGGCUACCUGUCCGCCCGCAAGAUCCGCUCCCGCUUCCAGACGCUGGUGGCCCAGGCCGUGGACAAGUGCAGCUACCGGGACGUGGUGAAGAUGAUCGCGGACACGAGCGAGGUGAAGCUCCGCAUCCGGGAGCGCUACGUGGUGCAGAUCACGCCCGCCUUCAAGUGCACCGGGAUCUGGCCGCGCAGCGCGGCGCAGUGGCCCAUGCCCCACAUCCCCUGGCCCGGCCCCAACCGGGUGGCGGAGGUGAAGGCGGAGGGCUUCAACCUGCUCUCCAAGGAGUGCUACUCGCUGACGGGCAAACAGAGCUCGGCCGAGAGCGACGCGUGGGUGCUGCAGUUCGGCGAGGCCGAGAACCGGCUGCUGAUGGGCGGCUGCCGGAACAAGUGCCUGUCGGUGCUGAAGACGCUGCGCGACCGGCACCUGGAGCUGCCCGGGCAGCCCCUCAACAACUACCACAUGAAGACGCUGCUGCUGUACGAGUGCGAGAAACACCCGCGGGAGACCGACUGGGACGAGGCGUGCCUGGGCGACCGGCUGAACGGCAUCCUCCUGCAGCUCAUCUCCUGCCUGCAGUGCCGGCGCUGCCCCCACUACUUCCUGCCCAACCUAGACCUCUUUCAGGGCAAACCCCACUCGGCCCUGGAAAGCGCUGCCAAACAGACCUGGAGGCUAGCCAGAGAAAUCCUCACCAAUCCCAAAAGCCUCGACAAGCUAUAG